AUGGAUUGCGAGGCGCGGCUGAGGAUACGAGAGCCAGUCGCAACACUCUUCAAGAGGUUCGUCUGCAUCGCGAGGCAGAAAUUCAAGGAAGAAGCUCCGAACUUUCUCAUAUGGCUUCAGAUAAAGUUCAUCCUCUCCCAGAAUGAGAAGCCUAUCCAGCUUCAUCUCGAUCAUUUUGCAAGGCUCCUCCACCUCUCGUCCUUCCACGACGAGCUCCGUGCUGUUGGCAGAGACACCGAGUGCCACGGCGUUCUUGCCGAUAUCGAGAGCAUGUUGGAUCUUCGCGCGUCACCCUCACCCUCCCUGAGCUGACCUCUUAGACUCGCGGUUUUUUUUC